UUCAUACUUUUCUCUCUUUUCUUCCUCAUUUUUUUGGUUUUUACUUAACAGCCAUGAUUAAUGGCAAAGACAUAUAUGAUGUUCUUGCAGCAAUUAUACCUUUAUAUGUUGCUAUGAUAUUAGCUUAUGGUUCUGUUCGAUGGUGGAAAAUCUUCACCCCCGAUCAGUGCUCUGGAAUCAAUCGAUUCGUAGCGGUUUUCGCUGUUCCUCUGCUCGGUUUUCAUUUCAUAUCUACUAAUGAUCCUUACUCAAUGAAUUACCACUUCAUUGCUGCUGAUUCCCUUCAAAAAGUUGUUAUCCUUUUCGCGCUUUUCAUCUGGCAUGUUUUUAGCAAAAGAGGAAGUUUAGAAUGGGUGAUUACUCUGUUUUCAUUAUCGACUUUGCCUAAUACAUUAGUUAUGGGUAUUCCAUUGCUUAAAGCAAUGUACGGAGAUUUCUCAGGGAAUCUCAUGGUUCAAAUUGUUGUUAUGCAAAGUGUUAUUUGGUAUACUCUCAUGCUUUUUAUGUUCGAAUACAGAGGAGCAAAGUUACUAAUCGGAGAGCAAUUCCCUGAAACUGCAGCUUCGAUUACUUCAUUUCGAGUUGAAUCUGAUGUAAUUUCACUUAACGGACGUGAACCAUUACAGGCUGAUGCAGAAAUUGGAGACGAUGGGAAAUUACAUGUAAUUGUUAGAAGAUCCUCUGCUUCUUCGAUUAUUUCGUCUUAUAAUAAGGGGAUAUUGCAAUCGAAUAACAUGACUCCAAGAGCUUCGAAUUUAACUGGUGUUGAGAUUUACUCAGUGCAAUCGUCUCGAGAACCAACUCCAAGAGCGUCUAGUUUUAAUCAGAGUGAUUUUUACGCGAUGUUUGCUAGUAAAACAGCUAGUCCGAAGCAUGGGUAUACGAAUAGCUAUGGUGGAGAUGUUUUUUCUGUGCAGUCAUCUAAAGGGCCAACACCGCGAACUUCUAAUUUUGAAGAGGAGAUGUCGAAGAUUGGAAGCAAUAAGAAGAACAGAGGAGGUAGGAGUAUGAGCGGGGAGCUAUACAACAGUGGUAGUAAUGCUUCUACUAAUGGAUUGGUGUAUCCGCCUCCAAAUCCAAUGUUUUCCGGACAAAGGAAAAAGGAAGUUGGAAGCGGAAGUGGAGUUCCAACGCCAGUGUCAGUGCCAGUGCCAGUACCAGUACCAAUGUCGAAUAGUAAUAACAAUAGUAAAGAGCUUCAUAUGUUUGUUUGGAGUUCAAGUGCUUCUCCUACAUCUGAAGGUAAUCAUAAACACGCGAUUAACAGAGGUGGUUCAAGUGAACUUGGAGUUCUUGAUGCAUCCAAAGCUGUUCUUCAACAAGAGAUAGCAGCAGCAAGAGAGAAUGCAAGUUCGGUUAGUAAAGGAAACGUAGAAAAAGAAAUCGAGAUUGAGGAUGGUUCGAAGAACAUGGAAGAUGGAGAAAAGAAAUCACAAAUGCCUCCGGCAAGUGUUAUGACAAGGCUAAUCCUUAUAAUGGUAUGGAGGAAGUUGAUAAGAAAUCCAAACACCUAUGCAAGUUUGAUUGGACUCAUUUGGUCUCUUGUCUCAUUCAGAUGGAAUAUUCAAAUGCCUUCGAUUGUAAAAGGUUCGAUCUCAAUUCUAUCAGAUGCUGGUCUCGGAAUGGCUAUGUUCAGUCUAGGUCUAUUCAUGGCUUUACAACCAAAGAUCAUAGCUUGUGGAAAAUCUGUUGCUACAUUUUCCAUGGCAGUUAGGUUCUUAACAGGACCUGCUGUUAUUGCUGCUACUUCGAUUGCUAUUGGUCUUCGCGGUGUAUUACUACAUGUUGCUAUCGUUCAGGCUGCUUUGCCACAAGGCAUUGUUCCGUUUGUGUUUGCAAAAGAAUACAAUCUCCACCCUGAUAUACUUAGUACCGCGGUUAUAUUUGGAAUGCUAGUUGCGUUACCAAUUACAAUAUUAUAUUAUGUGCUUCUUGGUGUGUAGACGUAGGCAUGGGGAACAGAGACAGAUAAGUUCAAUGGAUUCAACAAUAUGGAAACUACUAUAUGCUCCUCUAGCAUGUGACUACUUAAUUAUAUUAUUAUACAAAAAAAAAUGCAUUAAUUUAUUUUCAUUCUUUUUCUUUAAUUUUGUAGUUUUCUAAAAUUUUAUAGUUAGCUAGCUAGGAAGAACUUGUCAUCAAUAGUACUAGAAUUAUUAAUUCAUGUUGAAUUAUUACUUUCAUUUACGAAGUAAUAUUAAAGUUGUAGCUAGUUCAGAUCUAAACAUUUGACAUAUUGUUUCAGUCCAAUUGUAGCG